GUUAUUAUUAGGCGAAUUUUCGUUUAUGUGCCUAUAUAAUCGCUGUAUCAUCGACGACAUUCAUUGCGACAGUACUGCAACAUUAAAAAACUAAUCGAGCAUUCCGCGCGCGCGCGAAAUUUCAUUCCUAUCAAUAAAACCGUCGAGUUUAUUAUUGAUCGCCGCGAGACUAGGUCAUCAAGAUGAGUCUCAAAAACGGGGCAAAAAUGUCUCAACGUGAAAAAUUCGAGUUAAUUAACUCUGAAGUGCGUUCUUUUUACGAAUAUUGUAAGGAAGCUGGUAUGAGCGAUGAAGAAAUGGAUUUAAUUUGUCGUCCUCUCACAAAUUCUGUGAGAAAAGCUACUAUCAAACGUUGGACAAGGGUGGUCCUCGUUUUGAUAAUGGGAAUAGCCAUUGGAUACACUGUGAGCCAAACGGAUACUUUCAAAUGGCAUGCAUCGGCCUUGGCCAGGAUCGUUUUGAUAAAAUUGCUGCCAGUGUGGGAUUGGACACCUCUGUACCACAACAAGUGCAUGAUAGCGAGACCUGCGGAACCACCUAAUGUCGAAGCAGGAGCAUCAACAACCGAUUGCAUAGCCUGCGAGGCAGUCAAAAACAUUGCGCGCUUGUCAGACACCUCAUACAACGAAGUAUUCAACCACCACCUCCUUCGCGGGGCGCCGGUUAUCGUCGUGGAUGCUCACUACGAUUGGUCUUCACGAGAUGAACUUAACCUGACCGGUUUGAUCAGCGACGAUGACCGACUCCGCGACUCGGUUCCUUGUAGAAUCCUAACCAACAUAAGAAUCGGACGACAGCCUAUGGACUUAGAAGAAAUAGUUUCUAGGAUAACAAACACAGACAUACCGAGUUGGUUUGUCCAUUUCCAAAACUGCGAUAUACGUGCAGUUAAAUCCUUCAGGGUCCUCGCACCUAGGCCAUACUUCCUGUCCCCUCACAUCCCUCCCUCCCACUUUAAUUGGUUAUUAUUGUCUAAGAACUACGAUACUCAUAGAUAUAAGUAUUUGGAGUUUGACAUUGGAUUGAUAAUCAUGUCUCAGUUGAAAGGCAAGUCGUUUGUUCAAUUACGACCGCGAGCGCCUUGCGAAGAUGAUUGUUACACUCUAAACUUUGAGCUGACAGAAGGAGAAACUCUUGUGUUGGCUAACUCCCUCUGGGAGUUUGAAUAUUUACCGGGCAAGGGUGAAAAUGUUGCCAUGAUCACGGAAACUGAUUGGAACGAAUCCUAAUGUACUUAGAUAACUCGUGUUAAUGUCCUCUAAUAGUAGAUAAAUGAAUGUCGGAUGUGUACCAAUUUUAAUCGAAAUUGUUGUCAGAAGGAAUGAAAAUAUUACAAAAUGUAACUUAACUGUAUGUUUGCAGUUCACAAUCGAUGAAAUCGGUGCAUAUCUAAAAAAAUAAGCUAAGUAUCCACAUAUUAUUAUUUAAAAUGUAAGAUGUUCAACAAUCUAUGACUACGAUAUGAUUGUCUUUAUAAUGCAAGGAAUUAAGAAAGUUGUGACAAUGAAACGAGUCAAGCUAGACAUUAAAGUCUUAUUUUGGCGAAUAUCGCACAAUAUUGAAAUAUUUAAGGUGUAUUAAAUACCAAUAAUUAUUUGAUUUUAAAACCAACUCAUUUGAAAUAUUUCAGUGCAGAUUUAUGUGAAUCGUAUUUACUAGCUUUGGAAAUAAAGAUUGAAGUUAAAAUGUAACAAGCAUACGGCAAGCGUUUAAUAAAGUAAAUAAAUUGAGUUAAUGAAGAACAUGCCACAUAUCAGUCAUCGUUAACAUUUCAUGAUCACUUCAAUAGGUUUUAAGUCAAAUUGUACUGAAGACGGGUUUAUUGAGCUAUUAAGUACGACUUCAGACUCGAU